AUGUCUUUCAGUCACAGCAAUCCAAACUUCAUCGCAGCCGUAGAAGAUGAUGUUCCUUUUGACACAUUUGAUCGCGAAUUAUUAGCUCAGCUUAGAGAGCAACAGGAGGACUCCCGGCCAGCAGCGAGACGAAACGGUUUCCAACACUCAGUGGGAAGUCUCUCAAAUCAAUUUACACAGGAGCCACCUACUUGCCCUACAUCGCCCGUCAUAGGGCCGUACUCUAGUUCGCCAGACACAAGUUUCCAAUCUAGUCCACUGCUGCGGUACUUCAGACCUAGUCAGCCUCAAUUAUACUCGACGCCGGCCUUUUCUGGAACACGGAACUGGACCACUAUCAUCGAUGAUAAGGCAGGGCAUCAGUUGCCGGCUUCUCCUUCCUUGCCCCGUCAGAUUUCCUUCAAACAUGCGCCUCCCGUAGUCCAAGGCAUUAACCUCAUUGAAACCCAGGCUCUGCCGGACCGGUUUCGGGCCCUAUUCCCUUACCCUCUAUUCAAUGCGGUGCAAUCAAAAUGUUUUACGCAUGUUUACGAAAAUGACUACAAUGUUGUCGUGUCCGCUCCCACGGGAAGCGGCAAGACAGUCAUCAUGGAGCUCGCGAUUUGCCGUCUAGUGAAUAUUCUGAAAGAUGGAUUAUUCAAACUAGUGUAUCAGGCUCCAACAAGAGCGUUGUGCUCUGAGAGAUUCCGCGAUUGGUCUACCAAGUUCACUUCCCUGGGCCUACAGUGUGCUGAGUUGACAGGAGAUACGGAUUAUGCUCAGUCUAGACUGGUACAGACUGCCAGCAUUAUAAUCACUACCCCUGAGAAAUGGGACAGUAUGACCAGAAGAUGGAGAGAUCACGCCAAGCUGAUGCAGCUUAUAAGGUUAUUCUUGAUUGACGAAGUCCAUGUUCUUAAUGAAACUCGCGGCGCAGCUCUUGAGGCCGUGAUAUCUCGGAUGAAAUCCGUCGGUUCCAACGUACGGUUCAUCGCCCUGAGUGCUACGAUACCGAACUCUGAGGACAUUGCUACGUGGUUAGGCAAAAAUGAUACUCUGCAACAUCUACCCGCCCACAAAGAACAUUUUGGCGAAGAUUUUCGUCCAACAAAACUUCAAAAAUUUGUGUAUGGCUAUCCGUGCGCUGGAAACGACUUUGCUUUUGAUAGGCUAUGCGGAUCGAAGCUCCCUGAGAUUAUUUCCAAACACUCAAACAGAAAGCCGAUGAUGAUAUUUUGCUGUACAAGAAACUCUGCUAUUUCUACUGCAAAAGAACUCUCCAAACUAUGGUCAAAUACUAUCCCCUACAAACGACUUUGGUCUGCUCCUGUAAAAAUUCCAGUUGUCAAAAACGCUGAUCUCAAAGCACUUGUCAAUGCGGGUGUGGCGUUCCAUCAUGCUGGUUUAGAUAGCGAAGAUCGUCAUACUGUUGAAAAAGCAUUUCUGGAUGGCAAGCUGACUAUCAUAUGCUGCACAUCUACUCUCGCCGUGGGCGUUAAUCUUCCUUGCUAUCUUGUCAUUGUCAAGAAUACUGUCUGCUGGCAGGAUGGUGGUUGCAAGGAAUACACCGACUUGGAAAUUAUGCAGAUGCUCGGCCGAGCUGGUCGGCCACAAUUUGGCGGUAGUGCUGUCGCUGUUAUAUUAACCAAAAAAGAACGUGUUCCGUUCUAUGAAAAAAUGAUAUCGGGAACAGAACAACUGGAGAGCUGUCUACACUUGAACCUCAUAGACCAUUUGAAUGCGGAGAUUUCUCUAGGUACGAUUUCGGACAUUCAAAGUGCAAUCAAAUGGCUCGCCGGGACUUUUUUGUUUGUGAGACUCAGGAGAAACCCUACUCGUUACAAGUUGAAAGAGAAUGCGGAUCGAAGAGAUGAAGAUGAAGUGCUGCAACAAAUUUGCGAGAAAGAUGUGAAACUUCUCCAAGAGAGUGACCUCGUGUCUCAACAAGGUCCUAUUAAAUCUACUCCGUUCGGUGAUGCUAUGGCUAAGUACUACGUCAAGUUUGAGACCAUGAAAACCAUACUGUCAUUGCCACCACGAGCAAAGAUAUCAGAAAUUUUAUCAGCGAUAUCUCAAGCAGAAGAAUUCCAUGAACUGCGGCUCAAGGCCUCGGAGCGCCCUUUCUACAGGGAACUCAAUCGUGCUCAUGGCAUUAGAUUCCCAAUAAAAGUAGAUGUGGCCCAGCAUCCUCAUAAGAUAUCACUUCUUAUUCAGUCAGAGCUGGGUGCAGUUGAUUUUCCCUCUGGCGAGCAGUUCCAGAAACAUAAGCUCCAAGUUCAACAGGAUAAAGCGAUGGUGUUCAACCACAUCAAUCGUCUUAUACAUUGCAUCAUUGAUUGUCAGAUACACAAUGAGGAUGCCGUAGCUGUGAGAAACUCUUUAGAACUUGGUCGGAGCUUUGCCGGGCGGGUUUGGGAGAAUUCUCCCCUUCAAAUGAAACAAAUCGAGCAAAUCGGUGUCGUCGCCGUCAGGAAAUUGGCCAGUGCAGGGAUUACUACUAUCCAGUCUUUGGAAGAAACAGAGGCGCACAGGAUCGAUACGAUUUUGAGCAAGAACCCGCCAUUCGGAAUGAAAGUUCUUGCAAGACUUGCGGAAUUUCCAAAACUACGUGUGACCAUCAAAAUGAUAGGGAAAGCGAGUAAAGUCGGCAAAUCGGUGAGAAUCACCUUCAAGGUGGACACAGGUUUCUUGAAUGAAAAGAAACCGACUUUCUUCCAUAAACGCCCGGUAUACGUCUGUUUUCUAUCGGAGAUCUCUGAUGGUCGACUUGUUGACUUUCGGCGCAUGAGUGCGCAAAAGCUUCAAAACGACCAUGAGAUUCUACUGAAUGCGGAGAUUACAAAUCCAUUACAGCAUAUUACAUGCUAUGUUAUGUGCGAUGAAAUUGGUGGAACGUGUCAAUACGCAGAAUUGAAGCCUAAUGUUCCAGAAUAUUUCUUCUCUGGUGACUAUUCUGACAAGAUGCCCAAAACAUCUGACAACUUUUCAAUGAACACAUCAAGGCGCAGAAAUGGCGAUAUCCCGAAACCGACGAAGCUUUCGUCUCGCACUGAGAACUUCGAUGAUGAUGAUCUUCCAGAUGACGCGUUUCUUGCUGCUAGCUAUGAUAUUGAUAACAACCAUUCCCAGCAGCAAACUCUCGCAGAUCUAGCUCCUACUGAGUCUCGGGGAAGCGAGCGUGGUAAAUGUGAGCAUCCUCGCGACACGAAUGGAGGACAGCCAGUUUUGCUUGAUAAUGGCAAAUACAAGUGCAAUCAUAAGUGCAAAGACAAAUCAACGUGCAAACACUUCUGUUGUCGCGAAGGUCUUGACAAGCCUCCUAAACUCCAUGAUAAAACCACUUCCAUGAAACCUCGUCAAGAUGAUCGGACAAAAAGCAGCCAGCUGGCGUUAUCCGGUAACAAGCGAGGAAAGACGACGUCUAAGAAGAAUACACAUGAAGACAAUGAGUUUUCAUAUGACGACGCAAUUGACUACCUAGAUCUUACUCAGCCAACCAGGCCGCAACUAUCAAAAUGUUACCUGACAAAGCAGCCGCAGAAGCAGAAAGCCUCUGACCGCGAAGCAAUUGACUCGAAAGCAACACGGAUGGCUAAUUUAGACAUCCUAUCAUCACAGACUGCUUUUUUAAAGAGCAGUCCUACGCUUGACAAAUCCGAGAGAAAUAUUGCAGGUCGGAGGCACUCGCAUGCUCAUCGAAAGCAUUCUUCAAGUGAAUAUGAUGACAGCAGCUUGGAUGAGCUUUUCUCUCCGGCGAGGCCUGUGGCACAGGAGAUUUCAAAAUCCGAUUCUAGACCAAAAAAGCUAGGUGACGCUGUUGAUCCGGACGGCAGUUUUGAUCAGAAUGAGUAUUUGAGCAACCCACACAUUGCAAGGACUGAGCAACAUGCUCCGAGUAUAUUUCAGACAUCAGUUACAGACGUAUCCAAAAUACUUUCGAAAAAUGCGCCUAACUCAACGUCAUUCGACACGGAGAUUGUGCUGCCGCAAGUACUGCAUGAAAAGGACAUGGAUCUUGAUGCCGAACUGAAGGCCAAAUCACUGAAACGGAGAGCUGAGCCAUUGAAUAAUAUCACAAGUAGCAGCAAGAACAUAUCUAAGCGCCCGAAGACUGAGACACAGUCAGUCUCUGCCGACCAGGAUAAUGAAGCACGCCGUCAUCACUUGGUUUCGUCAAGUGAGUUGCAAGCUAGCUCAAUGGAUCAAUCGCGAGCUCAAGAUGAAGAUAUUGAUCAAUUGUUGCUGCAAGAAUUUGGGGACAUAGUCAAUUUCUCCGGGAUUUGA